CCUUUCUCGGCCUUUUGGCUAAGAUCAAGUGUAGUAUCUGUUCUUAUCAGUUUAAUAUCUGAUAUGUGGGCCAUCGGCCCACACGAUAUUAACUCUAUUUUUUAAGGGAGGAAGCCCAUUAAGGUAGCUUGCUACCUGGGUUUCCGCGAGUCGCCCAUGCGUUGCACUACUGCACGGGCUUGGCUCAACCCGCCAAUCGAAUAGUAAAAUGAUUUACUUUACUUUAUAAUUUCCAAAUUAUUGAUAUAAGCGUAGUUAAUAAAAACUUUUUGACGGAGCUAAACACUAAUUAACCUACGUCUUCUCGACAGAGGACAAACUCAAAUUCGUAGGUGAGAAAAAUUCGAUUUUGGAAUUGUUCAUAUUCUAGGUUUGAGCUUAAUUGGAUAUAUCCUUGGUGAUUGGUUGAUUUGGAUUCGAUUAGGUUUAAGUAUAGGUUUUGAUAUUUGGAUUUUGGAAGAAAAAGAGUGAUGAGUCGUGGGAAUUACAAGAACCCGUGCUUGACCAUGCAUCAGCCAUGGGCAUCACUUCUCGUCCAUGGUAUCAAACGCAUCGAAGGCAGAUCCUGGCCUUCCCCAAUUCGAGGCCGUUUAUGGAUUCAUGCUGCAAGUAAAGUACCUGAUGAAGCUACUAUCAAAGCAAUGGAAGAGUUUUACCAACAAAUUUAUGCUGUUGAUGGGAUCACUGAUAUUCAAUUCCCCCAACAUUACCCUGUUUCAAGACUAAUUGGAUGUGUUGAGGUUGUUGGAUGUGUCACCUCCGAUGAGCUUCAGAACUGGGAUGCUUUACCUCAAGGGGUGAGGCUUGAAGGACAAACUAACUUUUGUUGGCUAUGUGAGAAGCCACAGAAACUGAUUAUUCCAUUUGAGAUGCGUGGGUACCAGGGCGUCUAUAACUUAGAGAAUAAGAUUUAUGUAGCAGCAGCUAGAGGUCUUAUGCCUUCUCAAAACUCUUUUAAGGUGAAAUUCCCUCUUCCUGACCCAAAAGACCCGUUUUCCUUAAAACCUGGUUCUAUUCCUUGUACAAUGCAAGAGAAGAAAGAACUUGAUUCAAAGCAAGUUACCAGCCUCACAGCUGCAAUCAAGCAAGUUACCAGCCUCACAGCUGCAAUCGCCGGUGCAAAAGCAGCGGCGACACAAUUUUCUAAGAAGGGACAAAGUCUCCAAACAAAUAAUAUAUUUGAUUACACAACAAGAAGCAAGAGCAAAGUUAUUGAAGAUGAAGCAGCAGAAUCCCUAGAUAACCCGGUUCUUGGUUCUGGUGGAACGUCUGACCGUACUUAUAGAACAAGAAGCAAGAACAGAGGCACACAGAUGGGUGAAGAAGUAUGUAGUGAAAGCAGCAACAGCAGCAGCAAAGUUGAAUCUAGUCAAAGAAGUGCAGUCACAAAGAGUGAGGACAGGAAUACAAGAAUUGGUGAAAGAAGGUUUGAUCCUGGAUCUGCCCGGAUCAUGGCCGCUGCAAUUAGGAACUUGAAGCCACCUUCUUGAUCUAAUGCGUCAAGGUUGUACCAUAUUUUGCAUUCUUUCUAAAACAUGUUCAUUUCAAAGUUUGAGAAGUUCGUUUUAGAGUUAGUUUAUAGGUUUAUUGUAUACACAUUCAAUUUAACUUAUAUGAGAGAAUAAUCAUGUGGACUAAUAAAUACACAGAGCAAUGAGUUUUGAGUAGACUGUUUAGUCGAAUUUUACUAAAUUACUAUAUUUUGGUCAGAUUUAGAA